AUGAGUUUUACACAUGAUCUUAAAUUACCAACAUAUGAGGAACUUGAAUGUCCAGUUGUGAAUGUUUCAUCAGCUGCAUUACGAGCAGGAAGUUUUCAUUUAGCAAAAUAUUGUGAUUUACAAUUUAAAGAAUUUAUGUUAUGUCGACAGGAAGAACAAGAUCCACGAAAAUGUCUUAAUGAAAGCAAAGAUGUAACUUUAUGUUCAAUUGAUUUUUUCCGUAGAGUACGUGAUACAUGUAAUGAUACGUUCACAACUUUUUGGACAUGUCUUGAUAAUGCACGAGAAGGUGAAAUGUCAUUUAAUUAUUGUAAACAAGAACAACGAGCAUUUGAACAAUGUGCAAAAGAUAAAAUGAAUUUAGAACGACCGGAAGCGGGUUAUUUUUCGAUGGUUCGAAUGCAUGAUAGUAAACGACCAAUACCAUCGGAUCCAUUUCGAAUUGGUUCAGUAGAUCGACAUCCACCGAAAUUAGAUAUACCAAAUCCACCAUCAAUAUCUCAAGCAAAUGAAUAUCCGGAAGCAAAACUUGGAAUGAAAUUCGGACAACGAAAACCUUGGAUGUUUGAAUCAAAAUUAUGGGAUUGA